CUCUGAGUUGAGACAAAAAAUCGCCGAACCAAAGAGAAAUAUCUAAGCCAUGGCUUUGCAAUUGUGGGAGACUUCGAAGGAGGCGAUAACGGCGUAUACGGGUCUAUCUCCGGCCACUUUCUUCACUGUUCUUGCUGUGUUGUGGGCCAUUUACUAUGUAAUAACGGGUCUAUUCGGGUCCUCCGGUGAUCACCAUCAACGCUCCAGGGCUUUGGAGGAGCAGAUGGAGCCGCUCCCACCUCCGGUUCAGCUGGGCGAGGUAUCCGAGGAGGAACUUAAGCAAUAUGAUGGGUCGGAUCCCAAGAAGCCACUCCUCAUGGCCAUCAAAGGACAGAUUUAUGAUGUUUGUCAACAACAACAACAAAAUCAUAUUUCCAAAUGUAAUUGGGGCGAUGACGAUGGCGACUUCCAGAAGGCUUGA